UUUCAUGACACGUUCGUGUUGUUUUCUUUUUCAAACUGUAAGCUGUUUUUCAGACAAGCAGUCUUCGUGACAGGGGCAGCCUCCGGAGGUGAAGACUGUAAGGCACUGAUCUAAAGCACAAAGCAUCAUGGAGGAGGACAGUAAACCACUACUGGACUCAGUGCGUAGAGAGAGCUACACCGACAGAGGCUCCACGGAUUCACUGGACCGAAGGAGGCCUUUCCACGUGGAGCAUCGGAAUAUAGUGGAGGAUGACCCCUCUGAGAGGGUGUCAGCAGAGGCCUCUGUCCUCAGCAGCAGAGUGCAUUACUACAGCCGGCUCACUGCCUCCUCCGACAGGCUGCUGAGCCCUCCAGACCACGUGAUCCCCUGUCCAGAGGAGAUCUAUGUGUACAGUCCUCUGGGGAUGGCCUUCAAAGUGACUGGAGGGGACGGAGGGUCCAAAAACCCCAGCAUCAUCACGAUUUUUGCCAUAUGGAACACGAUGAUGGGGACAUCUAUACUCAGUAUACCAUGGGGGAUAAAGCAGGCAGGGUUCACAUUGGGCAUCAUCCUCCUGAUCUCUAUGGGUCUGCUGACCCUCUACUGCUGUCUCAGAGUGCUCAAAUCACCCAAGUCAAUACCUUACAUCGACACGUCUGACUGGGAGUUUCCUGAUGUGUGUAAAUAUUACUUUGGGAAGUUUGGCCAGUGGUCCAGUCUGCUGUUCUCCAUGGUGUCACUCAUCGGUGCUAUGGUGGUCUACUGGGUCCUUAUGUCCAACUUCCUCUUCAACACGGGCAAAUUCAUCUACAACUAUGCACACAAUGUCAGCAUGUCAGAUACGGAGUUUGGAACCAACGGGUCAGAAAGAGUGAUCUGUCCGUUCCCCGACACGGGGGACCACGGAGGGAACUGCAGCAGCGGCAUCAGCGCCCUCUACCUGAGCAGCAGCAACAACAACAACUACUACUACUAUGGUAACGACACGUCAGGCACAGCCCUGUUCGACCGCUGGUGGAGCAAGACCAACACCAUCCCUUUCUACCUCAUCAUCCUGCUGCUGCCCCUGCUCAACUUCCGCUCUGCCUCCUUCUUCGCCCGCUUCACCUUCCUGGGCACCAUAUCUGUGGUCUACCUGAUCAUCCUGGUCACACUGAAGGCUAUUCGUCUGGGCUUUCACCUGGAGUUCCACUGGUUAGAUUCCACUCAUUUCUACGUCCCAGAGUUCAGGCUGCUGUUCCCUCAGCUGACUGGUGUUCUCACCCUGGCCUUCUUCAUCCACAACUGCAUCAUCACCUUGAUGAAGAGCAACAAGCACCAGGAGAACAACGUGCGGGACUUGUCUGUGGCCUACCUACUGGUGGGACUGACGUACCUAUACGUGGGAGUGUUGAUCUUUGCUGCGUUCCCCUCCCCUCCUCUGUCAAAAGACUGCAUUGAACCAAACUUCCUGGAUAACUUCCCCAGCAGUGACGUGCUGGUGUUUGUGGCACGGACCUGCCUGCUUUUCCAGAUGACCACCGUCUACCCCCUGCUGGGCUACCUGGUGCGCGUCCAGGUGAUGAGCCAGGUCUUCGGGAAACACUACCCCAGUUUCUUCCACGUUUUCACUCUGAACAUUUUCAUCGUUGGCACUGGUGUCUGCAUGGCGAAGUAUUACCCCAACAUCGGCUCCAUUAUAAGGUACUCGGGGGCAACGUGUGGCCUGGCCCUGGUUUUUGUCUUCCCCUCCCUGGUCCACAUGAUCUCCCAGAAGCGUAGAGGGGAGCUCAGCUGGCCCUCGGCCAUCUUCCACAGCCUCCUCAUUGUCCUGGGCGUGGCCAAUGUGGCAGGACAGUUCUUCAUGUAGUUAUGCCACUAGUUGGUUGGUCGGUCCCUCAAUGAACCAGGGUCGUGUUCAUUAGUCACCAAACAGAAGAAAAUGGACAGAAACAGGGAGGUGGGACUACUUGGACUUGUCCAAUGAGAAAUGCUCAUUUUAGUUUUCCGAUGCAAAAUGUUUCAAAAACCUUUUUCUGGUGAGUGCACUGAUGAUUACGACCCUGCACAAGCCUUUUGUAUACAUGGAGACUGCAUCCAGUGGUCAACUCUUAUAGUCUGGUCUGCACAGGUAGCAGUCUCUGGGGAAUUCAAGCCGAUGUCUUUAACUGCAUGUUCUCUUCUUUUAGUGGGAGUUUCACGUCAAUUUUGAUUAUGCUUAUUUUUUCACUAUUAACUCUUUUUGGAUAUUUACGGUAGUUUUGCACCCUCCACAAACCUAUUAACACUAAUCAUUUUCACCGUUUUUUUUUUUUUAAGGGCAUUGACUUUCCCCUCAGAACUAUCCUCCUUCAACAUGAUAGUGCAGAAAUACGUUUUAGGUUAUUUUAUCUUGAUUUAAUUAUUAUUUGGUUUAUUUCAUAGUUCAAUAGGACGGAGCUAGUCUUGCACAGCCUUGUUCACAUAUGCUGUUCUGAUAAAGUGGAAAUAACGAAAUAUCAGUUAAAAGGUUUAUUUAUUUUUUGGGUUUCCAUUGUAAUUUGAACGAUUAAGCACUAUUCAAAUCAGCGCAAAAUACAUUCAUAUUUAAUUUUGUUUAAAUGCAAUUAAUAUGUAUAACAUAAUUGAAGCAUCCCAAUUUAAUAAUUGAUUAGAAAUAAUGUGUGCAUAGCUUGCUUCAAAGUAGAACAGUGCAACGGCCAGAAGUCUGUGGGAGAGUUAUCAAUGGAUAAUCAUGUGAUCACAGACAUUCUGCAGCAUAAUUCCCCAGAGAGUGAAGCAUUUGACUGACCAAUGUUACUAAAUGAUUCCCUUAAACCCCCCCC